AUUCAGGUAACGAUCUAUCUUUUCUUCCAUCCUCUUUGUGUGUAUUGUCUGGUAAGUUUGAUAAGAUAUCUUCCGCUAUCAGUUGUUAUAUUGUUUUCGAGGGCCGCCGGUUGCUUUGUGACAUUGUGUUUGUACACCCGCUAAGUACUGCGGAGUCUAGAUCUUGUCCCCGUUCAUUGUAGUGGAUUUAGUGAUCUGUGAUAAAUUUGGGGGAAUAUGGCGACAGGUGUCUGUAGAAUAGUAAACAUGUCGGCUAAACCUACGAAGAUGGUGCGAGCCACUGCCUGGAGUGAUGAUGUCGAGGAGGCAUACAGAUUCCAACUGGCUGGUUACAGAGAUGCUCAGGAUUAUGCUGUCUGCACAAAAGCAGAGGCAGACAGAUGGCCGCACAAUGGUUAUAUAAAGAAACUAAUUCGUAAAGAUGGAUGCUGGUAUUACUAUAACAAAAGCCGUGAGUGUUCCGACAAAGACGUACCCAAGUGCAAAUUAUAUUCCUAUUGAUGACUGCUCUCUCUUUAGCUACAAAGGUUAAUUCUAUUUGUAAAUAUAUGGCAAGAAUGCACGCAGAAUCAGACAUGUUAUGAGCUUGAAGUUUUACUUUGUGUGUGUGUGUGUGUGUUUGUUCAAUUCCAUUAAGUUUUCAAAUUUGAAACUCAUGAAGUGGACCAAGCAGUAUUUCAUCACCUUCAUCUUCAGCGAUUACGCUUCUUCAUAUCAUAUGUGUUUUAACCUCGACUGAACAUAUUUUGCCGGAAUUUGGCAAAUGGAGAAAAUGUUACUGUUUAUGACUUUACACAUGUACCAUGCACCAUUAUUUUGUGUUGUGGACACGCAUUGUAAAUUUGUUGUAAAUAUUUUUUAUUUAUUUAUCAUUUACAAGAUCCGCCCACAAAGAUCGCUACAUGUACGUAAUAUUACGACGCAAACUAGGUGAGCGGGUCAAAGGAUGAUAUUUUGAUUAGACUGAAAGCUGAUGGAAGUUGUUUAAGACUUUGUAAAGUGUUUGAAUUGCUUAAAAUGCAAAUUACAAAAAUAUAAAUGCUAUGUACAGUAUGCAAGUUAUGAUCAAUAAAUAGACAGACGUUA